AUGAGACUUGUGGUGAAAUUAAGCCACGACUCCGUGAAGCUGAUCAAGUUCGCGGACGACACCACCCUCAUUGGACUCAUCUCCAACAACGAUGAGUCCGCCUACAGGAGGGAGGUGGACCGGCUGGUGUCCUGGUGCAGUGGUAACAACCUGGAGCUAAACGCCCAGAAGACAGUGGAGAUGACUGUGGACUUCAGGAAGAGCACUGUCCCCCCACCCCCACCCUCCGUGAUGGACUCCCCCAUCACCUCUGUGGAAUCCUUCCGUUUCCUGGGCACCACCAUCACCCAGGACCUCAAGUGGGAGCCGACCAUCAGCUCCCUCAUCAAGAAGGCCCAGCAGAGGAUGUACUUCCUGCGGCAGCUCAGGAAAGCCAAGCUGCAGUUCUACACGGCCAUCAUCGAGUCCAUCAUCACCUCCUCCACACGGGCUCUGACCUGUCACCAGGGCCUGAGCCUGAAUGCCUAUGGCCUCAGUGUCGUGGAGGAUCAUGGCGCAGCAGAUGUACAGUAUGCGAUGCACUUACUGGCCUGUUGA